AGCAGCACACAGUCUGGCUUAUGACUUAACGUCACUGCUUCCUCGUUCUGUAGUGAACUACAGAACUACUAUUGUUCCUUUACUCUGUUUUGUGCUUCUCUUACGAUGAUUUUCCUGGCCAGUUCUCUCAUUUUUCUGCAAGUUUUCUACAGCGAGUAAUGGAAUCAGAAGAUGGGCUCCAUGUUGUUGAAUGUGCUCUCGUUAUUCCUGCUUUGGUCCUUCCAUAAAGGGAUUUCUCAGGCGCCUGAGUGGAUUGGAGAGCUGGAAGUUAGCGGUGAGACGGAAUGGAUUCCCCAGCCGGACCUCAUGGAUGACACCUACUGGUCCGGGUCAGCGCCGCUGUGUUUAGGCGGGUGUAAGACCCGUCACCGGGAGCUCAGGAAAGACCCUUGUGGCGACUCCAGCUGCUGCUGGCUCGGCUACAAGUCUCUCUGCAGAGUGAACUGCGGCAGGCCUGAUGCGGACUAUAACGGAGUGGUUUACGGUAACGACUGGUGGGUGGGCUCUGUGGUGAGGUACGCCUGUCGCUCUGGCUUCAUCCUGCUAGGAACCCCCACCAGGUCAUGCCAGUCCAAUGGCCUCUGGACCCCGAAACCCGUCUGUCUCAGGAUGUGUCAACGCGGGAGCAUUGAAGUCAGGGAGAGCGAACUGAACGGCACCUGUGACUCCACCUGCGAGAAUAAGAGCUACUUCGGCCCACCCAAACUGGGCUGCUCGCUGAUGAACAACUGUAAGAAGAAGGAGACGGGCUGGAAGAGGUUCUUCACGCAGUGCGUUCCGUGUAUUUGUGACUGCUCCUUAUCAUGUGCAACUGCAGGCUAAUCCUGACGUCAGACAACGAAGUGAAAGUCUUCAUCCAGUUCCACGGACACGUCGGUAAAAUAAGAAAAUAUGAAAACUAUAUUUUCAUCAUUUUUCCUUUACUUUCUUAGAAUUAGGUUGAUACCAGAGGCUUACAACUAUAAGAUGUGUGUUUGCUUGUAAGCUCGGCUGCUGCGCCUCUCAGUCCAUCUGUCCUGCAAGGAGCUAAAACACUAAUCUUGUUACAAAGGGCAGAUCUGCAGUCCGAUGUCUGCUGUAAACCUUGUUAAAAAGUGGUAUUCAUGGUUACUACAAUGUUGUGUGCUUUUUAAUAAUUCAUUGUGAAAAACAUUUUUGGGAGUGAUGUUUGUAAAAUAUAUUUAUUUACAUCAAUUAAAUCACUGGUGUGGAAAGUU